CGACUUUAGAAUGCGUUCGUUCGUUCGUUCAUUUCCUCUAUCUCCAUCAGCCAUCCUCGCCUCAAUAAGCGAAAGAAUUUUAUUAACUGCCAGCGAUACAAAUUGCGAGAUUUUCAACUAUACAGUUCGCUACUAGCUAAUUAAUUCACAACGUAAUAACGCUGCUAAUUGCGCGAGUAAUAUUCACGAACACGAGUUUUUCGAUUGUAUAACACUAACAGAAUAUAAAAAUGAAUAAAAAUAGCGCUACUAUAUUAUUCGAGAUAGAAGAAAACGAAUCGUUGGGAAGAUACUUGAUGGCAGCUCGUGAUAUAAACCAGGGUGAUGUCGUGAUUAACGAGGCGCCGGUUGUUAAAGGCCCAUCGCAGAUUACCGGACCUGUAUGUUUAACGUGUCUGCAAAAGAUUACUAAAAGCAGCAGCGUCGAGUGUAAGAGAUGCGGUUGGCCUUUAUGCAAAAAUGACGCUUGUCACGAGACCGGUACCGAUCACGAAGCUGAAUGUAAUUGGACGAUGGAGAAACGUCGGCAAAAGGUGAAAAUUUCCCAGUUUAUAACUCCUCAUCGUACGUACGAAUGUGUUUCGGUUAUUCGAUGCUUGUAUCUGAAGGAGAAUAAUCCUCGUGUGUAUAAGAAACUCAUCGAAUUGGAGUCUCAUUGCGAGCAACGUAAAGGAAGCGAGAAAUACGAGUCUGAUAAGAUGAUCGUCGCUAAGUUUUUGAAUCAGUUUUUCAAAAUAAGCGAAGACGAGUUUAGUCAAGAAGAGAUACUUAGAAUUUGCGGAAUAAUACAGAUCAACGGUCACGAGGUCCCAUUAACCGACCCACCUUACGUAGCCAUUUACGAAUUCACCUCGAUGCUGGAGCACAGCUGCGUUCCCAAUUGCAGUAAAACUUUCUUAAACGACGGUAGUCUGCUGAUUCGAGCCACCAGACCGAUCAAAAGAGGCGAGCAUAUUUCAAUAUGUUACACGGAUCCACUCUGGAGCACGAUUAACCGAAAAGAGCACCUAAUGUUGACGAAAUUCUUCAACUGCGAAUGCCAACGCUGCGCAGAUCCAACCGAACUGGGCACACACUACAGCGCCUUAAAAUGCUUGAAAAAAACUUGCGACGGUUACAUGACUCCGCACAUCACACUGAACAAUAAUUCAUUACCGGAUCCGCAAUGGAAAUGCGCAUCGUGCGCAGAAUUACAAGAUAAAGAAAAAGUCAAUUCCGUAUUGAUCCGAGUAGCUCACGAUUACUCGAUGACGGAUAAAAAAGAUACAGAAUCGUGCAAAAUGUUCCUCGACCAUUACACCAAGUAUAAAAUAAUACACGAAAAUCACUACUUUUUAUUCGACGUACGUUUGAAAUUAGCUCAAUUAUAUGGGCAAACGACGGAAAACGAUAUUCAAAGUGUCUCCGACGAAGACUUGAGACAUAAAAUAAGCUUGUGCGAACAAAUCUUGAACUUUGCGAAAAUAUUAUUCCCAGCGGAAUGGCGGAUCCAAGGAGUGUUGAAUUUCGAAUUACACGCUUCUGUUGCUGAAUCAGCGAGACGUCAAAUGCUGAGUGGCGAAAUUGACUCGGAAACUCUGAGGAAUAAAUUGCUGAAAUCAAAACGAUGGCUGGAAGAUUCGAUAUUUUAUUUGAGAUACGAGCCGGAUAUCUUACCAGAGGGCAAAAUGGCCAAACAAGCUAAAAAGAACUUGAUCGAUUUAGAAUCAUUAUUACUAAAAAUAUGCUUACAAUUGUAGUUUGUAUAGUCGUGAAAAUUGUAACAAUCGUGUUCGUCACGAUCACGUUAUUCACAUCUCGCAUUUCUCGUCGUCUCUGUCUACGUAUUCUUCGUACAGUAUUUACCUAGAUUGAAAUAAAAACACACGACAAAAUAUUAUAACAAAACAAAAUGUAUUUUAAAUAAAUAAAAAUAUAUUUUGAGCCGA